AGGUAAUAUAGUCAGUGAUCAUGGCGAUGGAAACGUACUUUGAUUUCGAUGCUGAAACAUUUCAAAUCAUUGAGCGAAAAAGACUGAGUAGCUCAUCUGGAGAAGUACCGCCCACCCCUGGCCUUUCAAGCCCUUAUAUCAAGAGCACAUGUUCAGAAGAUGCUGGUUUUGAGACCAGCAGUGACCGCAGUUCUCAAGAUGGAAUACCUCUCUUUGAAUCACCACGAAGUCCAUGCCUUAAAACUUCAUUCAACGGCUUCUCGUGUUCAACCUGCCCAAGAGCCAGUCUUGAUUCCUUGGUGUACAGACCUAUACGACGUUAUGAUUCCAAAGAAAGCAUCAAAUCUACUUCUUCAUUUUGGGAGUCAAACUUUCCACCCGAGACCAAAGCAGUGCUCACGAAAAUUCGAGAUCAGAUGCGGUCUAGUUUAGAAAAAGUGAGAAAGCUAGAAGAAGAAGCACAGCAAAUUCCUCUUUUACAAGUAAAAAUUUCUAUUUUACAAGAAGAAAAACGACAACUUAUUGCUCAGUUGGAAUGUAGACAUAAUUUAAAGAAACCCCGUUCUCGUGGUAGCAGCAUGAAUCACAGUCGAUCAUCUUCAAUUGAUGACUUGAUUUAUGGUUUUCAAGAUAAAGAAACAAGGACUAUUGGUAUCGGCGAAGAUACUGUUCAUGAUAUACUUUGUGAGAAAUGUAAAGAAAUUCAGUCCAAGUUGCUAGGACAUUCCUGCGAUGAUAACGUUGGUUUAUGUCACGGAGUACCACGUGAUACGGAACAACGUCACGGAAGACAAAGAAAAGACAUUAAAAACGAUGAUAUUGAAGUGUUUCAAGAUCGUUGUACUCAAACAAAAACACCUGAAUACAAGCACAACUCUAUACAAGUGAUAGUAUCAACACAAGAUAGUUCCACUAGCAUGGACACUGGUGACAGUUCAAGCGUAGUGAUCAACGAUAACCACAUAAUGACCAAAGAAUCCUUUUGCGACCCAAUACCUGUCGAAACAAGGUCUGUCGGAGUUGGACAAAUGAAAUCUUUUCUUAAAGAUGCUUGCGUGGGAGAAGAUAGAGAUAUACCUAGUUAUGCAGACAAUAGUGUUCAAAAUGUGGUAUCCACGAAUGACAAGAGUUGCGGAGUGCACAUUUCAACUGAGAAUAUUGGUGUUAAUGUCUGUCCUACUGUAGUUUCUAUUGGAACAGGAUGUAUUUCAAAUGGCAGUAUAGAUAAUAGCGAACAACGUUCCAUUGGAUCUCAAACUGCGGAGAAGCAUAUAAAUUUAGUGACAGUUGGUGUGGGUAUGUUCUCGAUUGAUGACUCUGAAGAUCAUGAAUGUUCAAAGUGUAAUUCAGCAAAAUCGUUAUCCAUAGAUGGAAUACUGGAAUCUAAUAAAAAUAUUUACGAAGAAAAUACAAGCGUUGCUGUAGGGACGCUGCCUUGGGUUAAUUUAGAAAGACAGAUACUUCUUGAUUACUAUGCAUCAAGGUCAACAGCUUCUGUUGCCGUGGAAACGGAAACAGACAGCCGUACAGUCGGUUGCGGUGAGCAGAGUGUUACGGAAGUCGCUUGUCAAAACUGUGCCUCUAAAUCAACUCGAUCCUUAGGUGUAAACUAUUCGCCCAAAAUGUCUGACAAGGCAGUUGGAGAUGUGGUACCUGAGACAUAUUCAGUAGGAGUGGGUGAAUGUUGCUUGACUGAUAACUAUUGUGAAAGAUGUUUCUCAUUGGAAACUCGGACUAUUGGCGUUGGUAAUGGUAGUGUGUUGGAUACCGUUCAAACUGAACUCGCAACUACACCAACACUUACAGAUGUAUCGUUACAGCCACUUACUCCGCCUCAAACUCCGAAUUCAAAGAAUGAAGCGAAGACUCUCAGUAGCAAGCCUGUUGAGGAAAUUUUAUCAUCAGUUACCAGAAUGUUCAGUGAUGAGUAUGAAAGAGUUGAAUGUGAACUCAUCACAGAUUGCAUGGAUGGAGAAUUGCGUAAAGAUCCCAACAGGUAUAAUUAAUCUGUUUGGUUAAAAACACCAUGUUCAAACGAAUUAAACCUGACAUUUCCCGCAAACAACUUCGACAGAUUAGGGGCGUAGCCAGCCCCAAACUAGUGCGGGGGAGGGGGUAUAAUUGUGCGGCUGUCCGGAGACAUAUGGUCCCCCGGGAAAUUGUUGUAUUUUUAGGGUGUGCGAAAUUAUAUUUCAUGCAUUUUAGACACGUUUUAUGAUAAUCUGAAAGCCACAGAUUGGGUUUAUUUUAUGUCAUAGAUGAAAACGUUAAGAGGUUAACCCCACCCCCUCCCUCAAAAUUGGUCCUGAAGAAAAGUUGGGGGUCCAGACCCCUGCCCCAUUCCCACCGUAGCUACCGCCUCUGCGACAGAUAUAGUUAUAACAGUGAUUUGAAGUAUUGAAAUGCUGCUGAUUUCCGUUGUUGUUGUGCUCAUGAAUUGUUAAUGUUUUGAGAAAUAUUGUGAUGUAUAUAAUUGCUGGAUGAUAUGAACAGAAGAGAAAUGCUGGACAUUAAGAGAUUCUGGUCCUAUCAUAUUUUCUUUGAAAACAUGCAUCAUCAGGGCCGCCGAGAGGGGGGGUGGGGCAGGGGGGGGGGGGCAAAUUGCCCCGAGGCUCUGGGGGCCCCUAGAAAUUUAAUGUUAGAAAUUUAAUGGGCCCCAGUCAUUUUUUCGGGCGAAAUAUUUCUGUUUUCGGGCCAAAAUAUUUGUGUUUUGGGGGCAAUGAACCGAAAUUUGGUAUGGAAAAUUGCGGAAAAGUCCAACGAAAGCAAUUAUAACGCACCUAAAAAGAAUUUAUUGUCCGAAAAAUUUUUUUCCGGAAAAUUUUUUUUGCAAUAGGGGCCCCUAAAAUUUUUUUUGCUCCGGGCCCCCACCAAGCUCUCGGCGGCCCUGUGCAUCAGAAAAGUUUCAGUUCCCGAAUCGAAAUAAGCAGUAAAUCGAGAAAUAAGGCAUUAAUCUUGUUUGCUUUUAUUAUAGUGGUCGCGAGGAUAUCUUGCUCACAUGCAAACUUCUCCAAAGACAUUUUUUAAACAAUGAUGAGAAUUUGGACGAAGAUAAAUUAGUA